UAAUAUAGUAUAACCUCACCUUCUUAACAUCAAAAAUUCAAAACACAAUCACAAAUUCACAAAUCGUUAUAUUUAAAAUUUUUAAAUUGUUCUUGUACUAGUUGUACUCAAUUGUAGAUUAUUUGUUUGGCCACCGAUAUAGUGAUAUUUAACAAUUAUUUAUUCAUUAAUUGAUACAAAAUUUAAAUAUAAUUUAGAAGUUAAAUGGUUACAAUACUGCUUGUACUAUGACAUUUUAAUUUUUAACUUACUUUGAGUUUUGGCUGUUUCUAGACUUCAAGUGGCUUUCGAUUCUUAUUAAUUUUUAAAUAUCAUUAAUAAAUUUGAUUCAAAAUGCUAUAGAAUAAUAUAUAAACCUUUUAAUUAUUAUAUUUAAUUUAAUACUUUUAAAAAUUUAUAUUUUUAGUGGUUUAUAAAUAAUGUAAAAAGCUUUAGUGGUCACUUUCUGAUCUGUUCUUUGAUAAUUUUGUGCUGCUCCUUUAAUUAUGGGUGUAAAAAGUCUUUGGUCACUGUUAACUCCAGUGGCAGAAAAAAUGCCUCUUUGGGAGUUGCACGGCAAGGCAGUUGGCAUAGAUUUAAGUGGAUGGGUGUGUGACAGUGAAAAUCUAAAUCACAACAUAAGCCAAAAAAACAUGUACUUGAGGAACUUAUUUUUUCGUACUUCUACUUUAUUGUUAAUUGGAGCCAUACCAAUAUUUGUUUUGGAUGGUGAACCACCACUUUUAAAAAAAGGUGUUAUAGAAAAACGUAUUAAUGGAAAUAAAGCACCAAUAAAGAAUAAUAUUACUCGCAAAAGACUAAAUUCAUUACAAAAACAAUGUGAAUUGUUAUUGAAUAUCAUGGGAGUAACUUGCGUUUAUAGUCACGGAGAAGCAGAACAGCUAUGUGCUAUACUCAAUAAAAACGGGAUUGUCAAUGGAAUUAUCACUCAAGAUAGCGAUUGUUUUUUAUAUGGUGCUCGUGUUGUUUAUAGAAACUUUAAUGCCUCUGGAAAUGGAUCUAUUGAUGUUUAUUGCAUGGAAUCAAUUGAACAAAAUCUAAAUAUUGGGCGCAACAAAAUGAUAGCUUUAUCAUUGCUAUGUGGUUGUGAUUAUGAUGAAAAAGGUGUUAUGGGCGUUGGAAAAGAUACUGCAAUUAAAUUUCUUCAAACACUAGAUGAUGAUGUUGUCCUUGAUCGUUUGAGAAAUUGGAGAAAUGACCCAGGUUUAAAUUCUGCUGCCAUGGAUAUUAAAUCACAGACUGAUGAAAUAAAGCUAGAGUUGAAAAUAAGGAAUAAAGCUAUAGAAAACCAAAGCUUUCCAUCUGAAGCAGUUAUUGAAGAAUUCUUAAAUGUUCCGAAUUAUCCAGAAGUGUCUGCAAAAUGGAUUCUACCGGACAUUAAUUCUUUUAUUAAAUUUGCAUUGACCAAACUGUGUUGGGAAAGAGAGUAUGCAAUAGAUAAAUUUUUGCCAUUACUGACUAGGUGGCAUUUAAUGUAUGAUGAUAAGUUUCAAGCAAAUAUUUUAAUGACUGAAAUUGUUAAAAAACGUGUCAAUAAAGGAAUAAAGUGUUAUGAAAUAAAAUGGAAUAAUUAUGAAAUAACAUCUAUUGAACCUCAAACAGCUGUUCAAAGAAGAUAUCCAAAUGAAGUUUCAAUCUAUGAAGACAUGCAUACAUCUUCUAGAAUCUUCAAAACAAAGAAAAAAAUUACAAUCCAUGAUAGUAAUCUACUUGAUAUAACAAAUACAUUUUCUUCAAUGAACAUUUCUAAAAAACACGGAAAACCUACAAAAAAAAAUGUCCAAGGUCCCUUGGAUCAAUUUAUAAUGAAGGGAAAAGUUAAAGACGAUAGUUUGACAUUGUCUGACUUUGAGUGUGAUACUGUUGACUUGGAUAUGUCUGACAUAAUAAAUGGAAUUAUAACUUAAAUUUAAAUCUAUAUCAUAAGAAUUCUCAAUGUAUCAUAAAUGUGUUGUUUUAUUAUAAUUUAAAAUAAUUUUUUUGUAUUUUAUUGUUUUAUUAAAGUACAAAUUGUGUAAUAAUAAAAAGUAGUCAUACAUAUUUGUUCUAAUUAAAAAUCUGAUUAGAAUUAUUUACAAUUAUUAUUCAUAAUUACAAAAAUAUCAAUAUAAUGACUAGAUCUCAUACCUAGUAUACAUGGUAUGUACCCAUUUAUACUAUAACUAGGGCUAAGAUUUCUAUCCAUUUGCACGUUAUUUUUCUUGAGACCAAAUUGAUUGGUUGUCAGAUGAAUCCAAAAUUUGGAUUAUUCUUGAUUAAAUAGAACUUUUUUUAUACAUAAUCAUAAUUCAUAAUGUAUUUAAUUGUAUAAUUCGAUUUUUAAAAAUCUUAUGAACUUAAAAGUUAUUUAUCUAAUAAAGGUUUAUAAAUA